GAAAAUUCAAGAUCUUGGUUGUGUCACUCUUCAGGAAAUUUCAAGUUGCUGCUUCGUCACUACCUUUUGAUUGUUGAUUUGCUGAGCAUCUGAGAAUCUUUGAAGCCCAAGAGCUGAAGCUUCUCUCCCCUUCCAUUAUCAACAUGAUGCAAAAGCACUCCAAAUAAUUUGAAUAAAUCGAGUUAUAAAUCCUCAAUAUUGUCCAGCAGACCCAUUGGCCACACAGGAUGCCAUUCUGGAUGGUGCCCAGAUAGGGCAAUCUUCCAACCACUAGCAGACUUGCACACCUGCACCACUAGCAAUCCCGACCAUCCCUGGAGAAAUCAUCAACCGUCAUUAACUUCAAUGGGUUAUAAUUCAUCGAGAUUGUAGUCCAGCCAUUUCGGACUUCAAGCUUGCGGGCAUCCGCUUGUCCUUGCUUGACUACUCAUUCAUUGCUAAGUGUGGUGAUUGAUGGAGUUGGAAUUAGCGACUUUGGUAUGAUAUUCAUCCCGGAUGGUCAAAAACGGGAAAGAAACUCGUCCUGAGAAGGAAAUCUUGGCUUUACGAGCAGUUGCGACAUCCACUUUGUGUCGAAUCCAUAGGUAGGCUCGUUCUGCCAGGUCUAUAUUCCACAACUUCAAAAUCGACGUUAGUCACAGCAGAGACUUGAACCUCCGUAAAAACUUCCGGAGGUCCCAUAAGCAAGGCUGAGAACCAGUUUUAAUGCGACCUGCUUAUAAACAAUCCAGCCAGACGUGAGGACUUGGACCUCCACUUCUGCCGCAGAAUGAUGUGUAUAAAGACGAAAGGGAGCAAAGGCACUGGAAUGAUGCAUAUUCCAGAGUGAAGUGGUCCCAGUGUACUCGGAUCAUAGAUAAAUAGAUUUGGAUAUCUCUGGUUGCCAACCCCCUCAACAGCUCGAGUCCAUCUGGCGAGCCUUUGCACUGUCUCUUGUCUCCGGUCGCGCACCCUCCAUAUCCACUCCGCCUCCUAACAGUCCGCAGUGAGGUUGGAAUAACUCCGUUCCAGCCGCCGUUCGACCCCGCUGUGCUGUACAUAGCGGUAGCUCCCUCGCUCGAAUUUGAUCCAUCCUCCGAACUCAACAUUUUCCUCCACAUCCUCGACUUCCUCCUCAAGACUGCCCUUUUCCUUCCUCCUGCAACUCGGACACCUUUCCAAUCCUCUACAGCCCUUCGAGUAGGUCUCAGACAUAGUCAAGAUGGCGGACACCUUGAUCAAGCCCGAAGAACCGCACAAUGCUGGGUCAAUUGAGCUGAAAGACAACACCGUCGUUGUUGUCCUGGGUGCAUCUGGUGAUUUGGCAAAGAAGAAGACCUUCCCGGCCCUUUUCGGUCUUUACCGCAACCAAUUUCUUCCAAAAGACAUUCGGAUCGUUGGAUAUGCGCGGACGAAGAUGGACCAUGAGGAAUACCUCAAGCGGGUCAAAUCAUACAUCAAGACGCCUACGAAGGAUAUGGAACAGCAGCUUCAGGAUUUCUGCGAUAUCUGUACUUAUGUUUCUGGACAGUAUGACAAGGAUGAAUCAUUUGAGCAGUUGGAAAAACAUCUUGUAGAGAUCGAAAAUGGACGCGAGGAGACCAACCGCGUUUUUUACAUGGCACUCCCACCCAGCGUUUUCACCACAGUUUCCCAGCACCUGAAGAAAUGCUGCUAUCCCAAGAAUGGAAUUGCAAGAAUUAUCGUCGAGAAGCCAUUCGGAAAGGAUCUUGCUAGUUCGAGAGAAUUGCAGAAGGCUCUGGAGCCAAACUGGAAGGAGGAGGAGAUCUUCCGUAUUGACCAUUAUCUGGGGAAGGAGAUGGUCAAGAACAUUCUGAUCUUGAGAUUCGGUAACGAAUUCUUCGGCGCAACCUGGAACCGAAACCACAUCGAUAACGUUCAGAUCUCUUUCAAGGAGCCAUUCGGCACCGAGGGACGUGGCGGAUACUUUGAUGAGUUCGGUAUCAUUAGAGAUGUCAUGCAGAACCAUCUGCUCCAAGUCUUGACUCUCUUGGCUAUGGAGAGACCAAUUUCCUUCUCCGCGGAAGAUGUUCGGGAUGAGAAGGUCCGCGUUUUGCGAGGUAUCCCAGCGAUCGAGCCAAAGAACGUUAUCAUCGGUCAAUACGGCAAGUCUCUUGACGGAAACAAGCCUUCAUACAAGGAAGAUGAUACCGUGCCAAAGGAUUCCAGAUGUCCUACAUUCUGCGCAAUGGUUGCUUUCAUCAAGAACGAGAGAUGGGACGGUGUGCCUUUCAUCCUGAAGGCCGGAAAAGCUCUCAAUGAGCAGAAAACCGAGAUCAGAAUCCAGUUCAAGGACGUUACUUCUGGCAUUUUCAAGGAUAUUCCACGAAACGAACUUGUUAUGCGGAUCCAGCCUAACGAGAGUGUUUAUAUCAAGAUGAAUUCCAAGCUUCCCGGUCUGAGCAUGCAAACUGUUGUCACAGAACUCGACUUGACCUACAGACGCCGAUUCUCAGACUUGAAGAUCCCAGAAGCCUACGAAUCGCUUAUUCUCGAUGCUCUUAAAGGCGACCACUCUAACUUCGUCCGUGAUGAUGAAUUAGAUGCUAGUUGGAGAGUCUUUACACCUCUUCUGCACUACCUUGAAGAUAACAAGGAAAUUAUUCCCAUGGAAUACCCGUACGGAUCGCGUGGACCUGCAGUUCUGGACGACUUCACUUCUUCAUACGGCUACAAAUUCUCUGAUGCAGCUGGAUACCAAUGGCCAACCACGCAAACGGCACCCAACAAGUUCUAGUUGAGUCAACAAACAACCUCCCCGUUCGGACGCAUCUCAGUCACUAUCCUUGUCCCUGGUCUACCUAAAAAGGUCUGUCUAUUGGCAAUGGUACAGGCUACGAAGAGAAUAUCGUGCGGUGGAUCUCGUGAUAACAAAUUUUCUCCCCUCUUUUGAAAGUAUCGAUGCGGGCGUCGCAAAAAGGGUUGCCUCGACUGGCAGGAUGGAUAGCAAGAUGAUAAUUUUGGCUCUAUGAGCAGCAGCACCAAAUAAUGGAUCUGAG